AUGGACAAUAUCAAUGAGCAUUCUGCCAAUUCAGUCGUCGCUGGCGGUGCUGCAGAUGGCCUGCCAAACGAUGGCACAGGUGUGGUUCAACUCGACCCAUGGCUGGAGCCAUUCAAAGGCGCCCUCCGAGAACGAUACAGCAAAGCACAGGAAUGGAUAAAGACAAUCGACGAGACAGAGGGAGGAUUGGAGAAGUUUAGCAGAGGAACUGAGAAAUUUGGCUUUAAUGUGGAUAAAGACAACAACAUCACCUAUAGGGAAUGGGCGCCUAAUGCAACCCAAGCAUUUCUCAUUGGUGAUUUCAGUAAUCUUCUCCAUUUCCGUUUAGCAGAUGAUUGGAGUCGGGAGUCGCAUCCUAUGAAGAAGGAUACGUUUGGUGUAUUCGAAGUCAUCAUACCUGCGAAAAAUGGCCAACCUGCAAUUGCACACAACUCCAAAAUCAAGAUCUCCAUGAUCACACCCUCCGGCGAAAGAAUCGAACGAAUACCAGCAUGGAUCAAAUAUGUCACUCAAGACCUCUCUGUAUCUCCGGUUUACGAUGGUCGAUUUUGGAACCCUCCUGCCUCCGAACAAUAUAAAUUCAAACAUCCCAGACCAAAGAAGCCCCAAAGCGCGAGGGUAUACGAAGCACACGUUGGGAUCUCUUCCCCUGAGUUGAGAGUGUCCACAUACAAGGAGUUUACGAAAAACAUGCUGCCGAGAAUACAUCAUCUGGGAUACAAUGUUAUUCAGCUCAUGGCUAUCAUGGAGCAUGCAUACUAUGCAAGCUUCGGCUACCAAAUCAACAGCUUCUUUGCUGCAAGCAGUAGAUAUGGUACGCCAGAUGAGUUGAAGGAGCUCAUUGAUACCGCACAUGGACUGGGAAUUGUUGUCCUUCUGGAUGUUGUACACAGCCAUGCUUCGAAGAAUGUCCUCGAUGGACUGAACGAGUUUGAUGGUUCAGACAGCUGCUAUUUCCAUUCUGGUGCAAAGGGCAAGCAUGAGCUAUGGGACAGUAGGUUGUUCAAUUAUGCAAGUCAUGAGGUUCUGAGGUUUCUGUUGAGUAAUCUGCGGUUCUGGAUGGACGAAUAUAACUUUGAUGGAUUUCGAUUUGACGGCGUUACGAGCAUGCUUUAUACCCAUCAUGGAAUUGGAACGGGAUUUUCAGGAGGUUAUCACGAAUAUUUUGGUCCUGGUGUUGAUCAGGAUGGGGUUGUCUAUCUCAUGCUUGCAAACGAGAUGUUACACAAACUAUACCCUGAAAGCAUUACAAUUGCUGAGGAUGUCUCCGGCAUGCCUGCAUUGUGUGUUUCCUUGUCUCUCGGUGGCAUAGGAUUUGAUUACAGACUGGCAAUGGCUAUCCCAGAUAUGUGGAUCAAGAUUCUAAAGGAGCAGGAAGAUUCUCAGUGGGAUAUGUCGAGUAUUUGUCAUACGUUGACAAACAGACGUCACGGCGAGAAAACGAUUGCUUAUUGCGAGAGUCACGAUCAAGCUUUGGUCGGAGACAAAUCCAUCAUGAUGCAUUUGUGUGACGCAGAAAUGUAUACCAACAUGUCUAUCCUUUCGGAAUUCACACCCGUCAUUGAGCGAGGCAUGGCAUUGCACAAGAUGAUCCGCCUCUUGACCCAUGCUCUAGGCGGUGAAGGAUAUCUCGAUUUCGAAGGGAACGAGUUCGGCCAUCCAGAAUGGCUCGACUUCCCUCGUGCAGGGAACGACAACAGUUUCUGGUACGCACGUCGUCAAUUUAACCUCCCAGACGACCAACUACUGCGGUACAGAUUCUUAAACGAAUUUGAUGCAGCCAUGAAUCGCACUGAAGAUAAGUAUGGUUGGCUACAUUCUGAACAAGCUUACAUCAGUUUGAAAAAUGAAUCCGACAAGGUUAUUGUAUUUGAGCGCGCUGGUCUCCUCUGGAUCUUCAACUUUCACCCUACCAAGAGUUAUGCAGAUUACAGGGUUGGCGUUGAGCAAGCUGGUACUUAUAGAGUCGUUUUGAACAGUGAUGCGAAGGACUUUGGUGGGUUCGAGAGGAUUGAUUCUGGGACUAGGUUCUUUACGACGAACUUGGGGUGGAAUGGACGACAGAAUUUCACACAAGUUUAUGUUCCUACUAGGACUGCUAUUGUUCUUGCUCUUGAGUCGACGCUGUGA